UUGCCGCUUAUCCCUCUAUCGCCUUUGUUUCAGCUAUCUCGAGAAUACAAAAAAGUCGUCGCGCAAACCAAAGAGACACUCUUGUUUGACUGCCAUUCUACUGGAAAGGAAGGACAAGAACAAGGCCAGCUGCUAGAAAGAGAUAUUCUGGAAAAAAGAUUGGCCAAAGCCACGGAAAAGCUGGAUCGUCUGUCAACGACCCUCCCCUCUAUUCAGCGUUCAUUUUUAAACGAUUUCAACAUCUAUGACGUCGCCAAAGAGAUCGCCCACAUUAACAGUAGCUUAUUUCGAUUGGUCUCCCUUACUACCGUCGAUACGAAUCCACUGCUCGACUUUCAUCACUAUCUAUCCAAUGCCUUUGCACAUCAAAUCAUUAUUGAAACGGGCGCUUCUUCAUCCUCCACACCGACAACAACCACGUCGAGAAACAGUACCCGAAAAAGAAAAUACUGCAUCAUUGCUCACUUUAUUCAUAUUGCUUCCAUCUUGUUGUCUAUUUAUCGCGAUUUUUCAGGUUGCAUGGCUAUUUUGGCAUGUUUACAAAUGCCAGAAAUACAACGCUUACAUCCUUUAUGGGCCGCUUGCCCAUCCAAAUUCACCCAGUCCUACAAAGAAAUGGUAAAGAUGCUAUCUCCCGACAAUGACUAUCAGACCUAUUAUGAACAGCUCAAGUUACAUACACUUCGUUUCAUGAUACCGAACGAUACAAACACAUCUCCAAUGAUAGCUGUCCCUUUUAUCCAAGCGCACCUCUCCAUCAUUCAAAAACUCAUCCAACAACAUGCAUUCGUCUCACCCAAGACGGCCCUAUCACAGUCGAACCACCCCCAUAGCAACCAACACCCCGUCGUCCUCCUGUCCAUGUGCUCGGAUUUGAACUUGAUACGAAGCAAUGCAAAUAUUUACCAUUGGCUUGUUUCACGUGCCUAUCUAACAAAGCAGCAAUUGAACAUGGAGAGUGUCUUGAUCCAACCUCUUGGCUCGGCUGAAAUGCUCCCUUCACCCCACUUGGAUGAAGAGGAAGAAGAAAAGGCCCUUCUCCAGCAUUGGCAUUUAUUCAGAUGGAGUCUGUAUCAAAAGCACUACCAACAACUGCAACAGCAACAACGACAACAACAAGAAGAAGAGGACGAAAUCAAAGAGCUGGAUGUAAGUAAACCGUUAUCCACCAUGGACAGUCAUGUACAAGGUGGACAAGCGUCUUCUAGAACAGCAAGUAGCACUGUAGCCGUGGAUGAUCCAUGCCAAGAGGAAGCAGAUACGAGAAUCAAAGUAAAGGACAGAGAAAGCUUAUUGCAAGAAACCAAUAGUAACAACAAUAAAAUAGAGAAAGAGGAACAGAUAGGCAACACGACAUGGAGCCAAACAAAUAGAAGCAAAGCCCACCAAACGAUGGCCUUUUCUACUGCCGUUGACAAAAAUCGAUGCAAUGGAUUACCACGCCAAGGCAGUGAAGAAAUGACAAAGCACACGAUAGUAGAUGAUGAGGACGAGGAUAGUCAUACUAUUAUCAUUUUAGCUGAAAACGAUAAGGAAGACUGGACUGGGUAUGCAUCCCAUCAUGCGCAUGGUACAUUGGAGUACAAGACAUCAAGCACUGAGUCUACUUAUCCAGUCGAUGGAAAAGUUACUGUUGAGGAAGAGGAGGAUGAAGAGGAAGAAUGGACAGGUUAUCCGGUCGAUGUUGCUUCUCAAGAAGAAGACGACGAAGACGAGAUAUGGAGAGGUUACCCUAUUGCUUCAGAUGACGAAGAAGAU